AUGACAAACUUAGAAAACAUCUGUGGCAAGUUUAACUCCUCAAUAGAGAAUAUGAAACUUAUAGUUUGCAAUGAACUUCAAAGUAUAGAUACAACAAAAGUUUUGAACUCAGAUGCUUUGAAGAGUCUUAUAACAGACAAAGUUGGAGUUGUUGAAAGAAAGUAUAAAGACCAAAGAGUUUGUGAAAAUGUUGCAAACUUCAUUAUGGUUUCAAACAAUGCUGUUCCGAUGAAGUUAGAAAGUUCUGACAGAAGAUAUGUAGUUGUCAGAACGUCAGAUUCUCAUAUGCAAGAUACAGAAUAUUUUGACGACUUAGCAGAAACUUUGACAUCUGACUUUUACAACCACUUGUUCUCAUAUUUCAUGACAUUAGAUAUUUCUAAAUUCAAUCCAAGACAAAUUCCACAUACCGAAGAGAGACAAACAUUGUUAGAAGCAAACAAGAGUGUAUAUGAACUGUUCAUAGAAGAAAGCGACUUUGAGUGUUUAGAUGAAAAGUCUUUAUAUGAUGAAUAUAAACAAUAUUGUCAAGAAUAUGGUUAUAUGGCAGCUUCUAAACGUACAUUCUUGGCAAAUGUCAAAAGUCUUUUAGAUGUUCAGAAUGGUGUAUAUACAAAGAAAAUUUUUUCUGAGUAA